AUGACGGGAGAAGCACUAACCGUCAUAGGCCGGUUAGACACAACAGCCGCGCUGAAUUAUGAUCAGCUAAGAGCAGCGCUUCUCCAGAGGUUCCGCUAUACUGCGGAAGGUUACCGUGAAAAGUUCCGUAAAGCCAAGCCCGAAGAGAACGAGACUGGUCUGCAGUAUGCUGCAAGACUCUCCGGCUACUUUGACCGUUGGCUGGAGAUGGGCAAAACGGAGACAUGUUUUUGCACGGACUCCGGCAAAGGGAAUUUCAUCAGCGGUACGCAGAAAGUACCCGGUGAUUUGGCCGCAUUCCAAACAAGUUCCAAGGGGAAGAAAUCGAGUGAGUUCCUACACGGCAACGCAUUGGAAGAGAGUGCCGAACCUGACAAAGAACUGGAGAAGGCGAAGAAGCCGCAGAAAGGCUACUACGGCAAAAAAAUGAGAAAGCGCAAGCUUGUCCCUGGUGACCAGCUCGCACCUGACCGAACUAUUGUGUCCAGCAAGUGCUCCUGUAAGGCAGGAUGCCUUGGUAAAUGCAAGCAUGCUGCAGCUGUUGUUCUGUGGCUGAAUGAAGAAAGGUCAUCAUGUACAGACCUUCCACAGGCCUGGGGUCACCCAGCCCAGAAACCGAACAUUGAUGCGAAGGAAUCCAUUGAAGAACUGUUUGGACGUAACACAGAGGUUUUCAUCGGAGGCAGAAAACCUGAUCGGAUCCCACCAUCACACUCAUUGAAUUUCAGACGGAAGACAGAGGCCAUAGCCCGGGCAUCCUUCGAGCAAAAGAUUGGACAGUCAGUUUUACAGGUUGGACUCAUCGUGCACCUGACACAACCGUGGCUCUGCGCCAGCCCAGAUGGCCUUUUCAAAGUUGGUGACAACACGGCACUGCUAGAAAUAAAGUGCCCAUAUUCAAGAAAGGAUGACAUAAUCAUCGACGCAGAAAGGGAAAUCAGUUUUGUGAAGUACAUUGUGUACGAAGGAGGUCAGCUCAAGCUGAGGAAGCGGCACCCGUAUUACACACAGAUACAGCUUUCUAUGUAUGUGACAAACACGCACGAGUGCUUCUUUUUUGUAUACACAAAUAAGCACAGUGUAACCACAGUAGUUCCCAGGGACGAUGGGUUCCUCUCCGAGGCUGUUCCAAAGAUGGAGUAUUUCUACUUCAACUAUUACCUUAAGCACCUUGUGUAG